GUACGGAUGCGUUGUUCUUUACUCUAUCCUCCUUCUUCGGCCUCUACCACCUUUUCUCCUUUCUAGGAACAUUGAAGGGUACCCGUUUCAGAGUUGUAGCAUUACCUAGAAACAAUGACAGCAAAUGGUACUCCGGACCCUGCAUCGCUACUCAUCGCAGCCGGCGUGCCGGCCUUCAAAUGCCCGCCCGGAACGAAAAUGCAUAUCCUGAACCUGGGCACUCUUCAAGCCGAUGAAUCAUGGAUCCUCCGCGGCGCAAACGCAAGUUGCCUCAGCGAGAUGAACCCCGUCAACAAACGCCGCGACCUCGUCGUCCUCUCAGCCUUAAUCGAGUACCCGGGCGUCGGCCUCAUCCUCUUUGAGACGGGGUGUGCUGAGGAUCUAGAAGUGAAAUGGCCUGCCCCCCUAACAGACGUCUUCCCGCGAACCGAAUACACCGACGCAAACAAACUCCCCGCCGCAAUCCAAUCCGCCGGGUAUCGCAUCUCCGACAUCACCGCCGUGAUAAUCGGCCACCUGCAUCUUGACCACGCCGGCGGGCUGGAGCACUUCCUCGACAGCAACGUCCCCAUCUACGUGCACGAAGAGGAAUUCAAACACGCGUGCUGGGCGGUCGCCACGGGCGCCGACCUCGGCGUGUACCUGGGCGACUACCUCAACCUCGAAAAGCUCAAUUGGAAGACAUUCACGGAUCCGCAUUUCGAGAUCUUCCAGGGGAUAACCCUGCAUCAUGCCCCCGGGCAUACACCGGGCUUGUGUAUGAUGCAGGUUAAUUUGGAGAAGGAUGGGGUUUUCCUCUGGACGACGGAUCAGUUCCAUGUAAAGGAGAACUACGAGGCGGGGCAUCCGCAUGGGGGGCUGGCGAGGGAUCAUACGGCUUGGUAUCGCAGUUUGGAGAUGGCGAGGAGGCUUGUGAGGAUCUUUGGGGCGCGGUUGGUUUUUGGGCAUGAUAAGGGGAUUGUGGAGGCGUUGGUGCAAGAGAAGGCGUUUUAUGAGUGAGAUGAUUUGGGUAUCUACUUUCCUUUGUUAUUUCUUAGGUUUAGCAGAAUGGAUUCAUUACUCAG